CCACUCCAGUGCCGGGCCUGCAUGGCGCGGUCUGCAGGCGCCGACAGGGCGGUGACGGACUUAGUAGUGUCGCCGACGAACCCCAGGAGUUAGCUUGACAGAGACUGACGGGGCCGGUGACGGAGUCUGUGAUAGAGGCCGUCAUUGAUAACGGACGGUUCGGCCCCGCCUCCUCCGUUGCGGAUAAAUACCUUUCGACUGUUCAGUCUAUAAGCAGUGGCUCUGGUGUUGCUGCUCUGGCUGUGGGAGAACCUAUCCAUAGGGCAGACCGGCUGACGAGCACUGCUCGUCGCACGACGCACGCCCGACGUGCAUUCCUCAGAGUCUUGCAGCUCGCUACACUAUAGCGAGAGCUGACUGGAAACCUGACUCUCGGUGUUUUCAGCUCAUGCGAUCCGUCGCCGUCUCCUCUGCGAUUCGCACCAUCGGUCGCCUGCCGUGGAUUACGGCAACCGUCGCACCGCCGGCGACUAGAGUCGCGACAACCGCUUUCGAAGCGCUACAGCCUUGUCGCAACGCGUUCGCGAACCCAUUCGCGAACCCUUUCGCGAACCGGCGAUUGUCUCUGGCAAGCGUCAGUCGCAUCUUCAUGGCUUCUGCUGGCGACAGCGUGUCGCACGCGACAAGCGCCGCCAAUCACCACCCCGCGCACGUUUCGCAAGCGGACCAACCCACCUUGGCGAACCCGCCGAAAUCCGUUGCUGGUAACCCGAGCAGCCCAACGAAGCAGGGAGAGGCGGCGACGAAGGUUCCAGGAAAGAGGCUGAUAGGGCGAAUGGAGGGGAGUGAUCCGUUCGCACUACUUAAGGCGCUCGCCCCCAUGCAGGUGCUUAUCGGGGCGGGCAUGCUCACAGCGCUCAUUCUCCCCCGCCCGCUGGCCCUUGCUCUCACUGCUGCCGCCCUCCUGCCGCCCAUUCUGCGCACUGCGCUGCACAGCUGGCGCUGGGGAGGGGCCAGAAAGGGCGUUUAUAGGGAAGGUACAUCUGGGGAAAGCAGGGAGAGGGGGGAGGAGAAGGGGGCUAAGGGGAAGGCGCAGUUUGAAAGGGAGGGGCUGCUGGGGGAGGUGGUACCUGAGGCAGGAGAGGCAGUGGGGAAAGGGAAGAGUGAAGGCGAAGGUUGGGUGGCGACAGCGGGCUCAGACGGCAAGCAGAACGGAGUUGGUGGACGGCACGAGGCGGCACGGGUCGGCAACUUGCUGUCCGUGAAUGGGAUGGAUAUCUUCAAGGGCCGGAUGGCCGGCAAGAUGGAUGGCGACUUUUGUCUGUUUCUGAUCGGUGCACGAGCCAACAAUCCGUUCCCACUGGGCCCGUCCUUUGCUUCGGUGGGGGAGGUGUUUCAGCAAGCCGUGAGGGAGCUGGAGCAAGAGACAGACAAGUUUGGGUACCUGGGGGGGGACUACUAUGUGGGCAUGGACACGACACGUGGCUCACAGACAUUGGCUGUCAUGUUUUGGCGCUCUUAUGACGAUCUGGUUGCGUACGCCAACAACCAGAACCUAGUGCACGGGUCAGCAUGGAAGCGAAUGACCCAGCUGCUGAGGGACAGCCCGGAUAUAGGCGUGUGGCACGAGUCGUAUGCAAUUAGUGCCGGGCAGUAUGAAGCAAUUUAUGUCAACUGCCCACAGUUCGGGCUCGGGGCAGCUGGAAAACUUGUGCCGGCUGUUGGCCCUCUGGCAACCUCUAAAGGGAGAAUGAGGGAGGGAGGUUGUGCGAAGGGGACCGAGGGAAGAGGAAAUGAGCCGGCGACGGAGGGGAAAGGAGAAGAGGGAGGAGCACGGAAGGUGUCUCAUUCAACUGGUACCUGUCCGAUGGGCUUUUGACCUGCACCUGCCUUAUUUGAUGCUUCAUUAUUGGUCUUCUGAUGCGUUUAGGCUCAUGUGCAUCUGUAUUGUAUUAAUGGACUAUUACAUAGAGGCUGCUGAAAUCAAUGUGCUGUACUGGCUAAACAAAUGUUAAAACUAACC